AUGGACAUUGCUAUUUUUCAAGUUGUCGUAAUAGCCACGGUGGCAGCUGCCACGGCGCAAAUCAGUACAAAUGGUGCCAAUGGUUUAGGAGGUGGUACCAAUAAAGCUAGCCAGGGACGCAGUCAGGGGUAUCCGAGGGAAUGUUCCUACAAAUACUUCAAAAAUUGCAAACCUAAGUCUUUUGAUGGCACCGUAGGUGUCAUUGCUCUAACACGCUGGUUCAAAAAGACAGAAUCAGUGUUCAAAAUCUAUGCAUGUCCCGAAGCAAGCAAAGUCAAAUUUGCAGCUUGCACUUUCUCUGACAGGGCCCUUACCUGGUGGAACGGAUAUGUUAAGUCGUUGACUCUCCCAGUAGCCAACACCAUGAGCUGGGAAGACCUAAAGAUUCUGAUCCUAACAGAAUACUGCCCAGGGGGCGAGGUGCAAAAGCUAGAGCAAAAGCUCCGGAACUUGACAAUGAAGGACUCCGCCAUCACUGCCUACACUGCUAGAUUUAGUGACCUGGCUUGCCAAACGCCUGGCACAAACACUGGUGGAUCAUGGAGUCCGCCAGGGCUUCAUGACAGCCUUUCUCGAACAAUCAAAAGAAAGUGGCAACAAAAAGAAAUUUUGGAACAAAGGAAGGGCCAGUUGUCACAAGAGUCCAUAAAGAAACAACAAACGGUGGCAGUUCAUGCUGCUACUGUUCCUUCCGCUCCAGCACCCGUCAAAGAAUAUGUUGGAACCCUCCCGAAGUGUAAUCAGUGUAAAUUCCAUCAUACUGGAGCCUGUCGAGAAAUGUACUGCAAAAAUUGCAACGGGAAGGGGCAUACUGCCCGUUUCUAUAGGGCUCCAGCACAACAAACCACCUAG